AUGGAUUCAGGCGACGUGGGGAGCUUCGCGGUGACAUCCCAAGUGUGCACCGGCAACAGCAAGCUGCCAAAAAGGGAUGAGCUGGAAGCACCUUCUCGCUAUCUUGAGCAGACCAGGGCGAGAUUUCUCGUGCAGCGCAGCAGAGCAAGCUACCCUGGACCAGAAGAAGCAAAGUCGGAGAAAAGGCAGUGGGACCUUCUGCACGGUUCGGAACUUGACAGAUCUGCGUCACCCGUGUCCGUGGGCUCCUCUGUGCUGGAGGACGCCGAGGGUUCGCCGAGCAAAUCUGCUCCACCUGGCACUUCAGAGGCUAUGCAGGGAGCACAUAGGACGAUGAAGAGUUCUGGCCAACAAGAAGUAGUAUCCGCGAGCAGCCCUCGCUUCGAAAACAUGGGCGAGUCUCUGCGAUUCGCUUUCGUUAUGCCGAUGGCAACCGGACAUCUGAACCCUUCCCUGCCCCUGGCCCGCUCCUUGAUCCAGCUCGGGCAUGAAGUUCACUACUUGUCUCGGGAGGCAGUUCGAGCUGCAAUUGAGAAAACGGGCGCAAGCUUCACGGAUGCUGCUGAGGAGCAAGUGGAGCUUUACGAGAAUCGCGAGCAGGACAUCAUGGGCGCAUUUCGCACAGUGGCAAGGGAGCACGGCAUGGAAGACGCACCGAUGAUGGUUGGCAUCUCCACCAUAUCUCCGAUUCACCUGGAACUUCAGCUGCCUGGGACCAUCCGCUGGCUUCAGCGAUUGCAGCCACACGUGGUGCUCUUCUGUCCAAUGAUGAAUGCGGAGGCUGUUUAUGCCGCCAAGACCCUCCAGAUACCCUCAGUGGGCUUGUGGACUUUUGCGGGUCCCGGUGGCAUGGUCGGCAUCUUGAACAUGUUCCUGAAACAAUCUGGAAUUCCCAUGGAAGAGGUUAUGGCCCGAGUCGAGGCAUUUCAGCCGAUGAAGGACUCCAUGGCGAGGCUCAAGGAGAACUACAACGUCACCUACGACUUCAGCAAGUCCAUGUCGCCAAUGGGCUUCCUAAGCACGAUGUGCGAAGCAAAUUUCAAUUUGAUCACCACAGCCGAAGAGUUCCAGGAUCCUUUUCCCGGCGAGUUGUCUCGGGCUUAUGUGGAGGCCGGGGCGAAGUUUGAGUACGUCGGUCCUUUGUUGGAAGAUGACGUUCCGGAGCUCGAGCUUGAAUCCGAGAAGGCCAUGAAGGCCGUGGCUGAGGCCCGUUCUGUGGGCCGCAAGGUGGUGCUCGCCAGCAUGGGCACCAUUUUAGUUUCGGACACGGAUGAUGUGGGUUGGCGUGAUGUGCCACGGGACGGCUCAGAGCGGCCCCGUGGGCUGACUGGCAAGCAACUGUGUCAGGCAGCUUGGAGCGCCGUCUUCGAUGCCUUCGGUGCUACUGAUGAGGCCUCUCAGGCCCCGCUGCUGAUAGUCGCCGUUGGUCGGCAGCCGGAUGCGCUGACCGACAUAGACAUCCCCAGAAACGCUCUCUGCUUGCCGGUUCUUCCUCAAGUUCCACUGUUGAAAUCAGGCGUGAACUUGUUCUUGACCCACGGCGGCCAGAACAGCUUCAUGGAGUCCCUGUCUGCUGGGGUGCCAGUGGUGGUUUGCCCUGGCUUCGGGGACCAAGCGGUUAACGCCAUGAAGGCUGAGGCGAUGGGAGUAGGCCUUCAGGUGCAGAGGCCACUUCCACCACAUGGAGAGGAAAUGACUGCCAUCGCCAGCUACCGUGCGGACGUUUCUGCUGCUUUGGUCAGGACUUUGCAGGAACCUCAGUUUGCCGAGAAAGCGCGGCACUGCAAGGAGUGUCUGCGAAACGCCGGGGGGCUUUGCAAAGCCAGAGAGCUUCUGUUCGGGCUCGUCGGCCAGUCCUUCCCGAAGCUCCUCGGACACGCCCCACCGGUUUCACCUAAAAGCGCAAAGGCGUCAGAUGUGCCCUGCGCGAAGUCACUUCCAGCUGAAACCUCGGCACCGCCUUAG